CGAACCAGAGCGCCCGUCCAUGAGUACCCAGACUGCCAUGACAGGGGGCAGUGAGGCCAGCCUGCUGGUGUCACCAUUGGUGGUGGCAGGCAUCGUCAUUGGCCUUGUGCUCUUUCUCUCCUGUGUCACCAUUAUCGUGGGCAGCCUUCGCAAGGACAGCCGCCUGCACUGCUCCCCCCUGCGACCCAGUUAUGCUCCUGAUGGGUUCUCCUUUGGUGGGUCCAUUGGGGAGCUGAGGUCCACAUGUAUUGAAGAUUUCCCUCCUGCAUUUGAUUUUGACUCCUAUAUGGAGUCUCUUUCACAAGUCAAUGUGAUGUACCCUGACGCACCACCCCAAUAUGAAGAAUGUGUGGGACCUGGUGCAACACAGAUAUAUGUCCCCACAGAUGAGCCUCCUCCAUAUUCAGUGACUGACCCUAGCUUGGGACAGGACAUGCCAGCAGUGCGCACCAGUUUAGAGAUGGAGGAGCUGUCAAGCGGAGCUUCCUGGGUGAUGAACAGCAGCACAUCCAGGUACCAAAACAGACAGCAGCCAAUAGCCUCCAUUUCCCUUUCAGCCCUCGCUUUUGAGGAUGCACCCCCUUACGAGGAGGUGAUGAGACGACAGAGCCAGCCUAUUCCUCUGGUCCCCACAGACCUGCUGAAGCACACAUCUGCAGAAAGCAGCCCCCAGCGAUCCAUUUCCCACAGAAUUCUGUAGGCCAGACCUGGUUCUUCAGCUGGAGUACAAUACUUUUACUGAAUGGGCAAUGCUGUUUUCCCUGGGCCCGUUUCUUCUUCUGUUGAAAUUGCCUUUAUGUCUGAAAAGACAGAACAAACAGGGAGGCAUACCCACACUGGAGUUGAAGUUGAACCCUAAGUUUGUGCUGAAACCUCAUGUAUCUCUGGGAUUAACUGUGAUCUUCACAUGCCCCUCUUUAUCAUGUGGCAUUCACCACACUGCCCUGCCCCACCCACUCUUUCCUUACCACAUGGAACAUUGCCAUGAAAAAACAGGGCUGAUGGGGAGCUAUACCUGUAACUCUUUGAUGUUUGAUGUCUCAGUCCUAGAGAAUUUCAUUACAUCAUGUGUUGUUAGUGUGAAAUGUGCAAAGGAAUGUACUGUUCUGUAUCCCUUUGUCUUUGAAUGCCAUAAUGUUCACAAGAACAAAAUCAUCAGCACCACCAAUGGUUUCCCAUAGAAACAUACACUUCUUUCAGGUUUUCUAAUAUUUAAAUGCAUUGCUGUGGUAAAUGCUUUAGCACCUUGGUCCAGUGAAAAUAAAUCACAGAUAAACAACACCCAGAUGGUUAUGGAAAUGUGGAAAAUCACAGAAGCUGUGAGUGCAAAUAGUCCCAUUUUACUGUGUCAAAAAGUAUACUCCUUUGUUUAUUUGCAACUUUCAACAUUACAUGAGGUGUGGUAGGAAAACAGGAACCGGA